AUGUCGAGCAAAAAGGCAAAGACGAAGAAGACCACCAAGAAGCACCCUCAGCACGCAACAUCCAAUGUGUUUGCCAUGUUUGACCAGUCACAGAUUCAGGAGUUCAAAGAGGCCUUCAACAUGAUUGAUCAGACCAGAGAUGGUUUUAUCGACAUGGAAGAUUUGCACCAUAUGCUUGCUUCUCUGGGAAAGAAUCCAACGGAUGCAUACCUUGAGGCCAUGAUGAAUGAGGCUCCAGGGCCCAUAAAUUUCACCAUGUUCCUCACUAUGUUUGGUGAGAAGUUAAAUGGCACAGACCCAGAGGAUGUCAUCCGAAAUGCUUUUGCUUGCUUUGAUGAAGAAGCAACAGGCACCAUCCAGGAGGAUUACCUGAGAGAGCUGCUGACAACCAUGGGGGAUCGGUUUACAGACGAGGAAGUGGACGAGCUGUACAGAGAAGCGCCAAUCGACAAAAAGGGGAACUUCAACAACAUUGAGUUCACACGCAUCCUUAAACAUGGAGCAAAGGACAAGGAUGACUGAAAGAACUUCAGCUAA